UGGAUCGGAAUAUUUCUGUCUGAGACGCUGAUGAACGCUCACAACCGAGAUUCGGUUCAUGAUGAGGGAAAUGAUUCAGAGCGCGAGCUCCUGGCGCGCGGCUGUUUGUGAUGUUUGUUUGUUUACUCAGAGUUCUGCAGCGCUGUGACCCGGUUCUGCUGGAGCCCUGCGGAGACUCGGAGCCGGACUGUGCGGAGGCAGGCGGAAUGGUCCUCUUCCUCACGGACAGUCGGCGUGUUCAGAAGGUUUUGUGGCGUCAGCUGUUUGUUCUGGACUCGAUGAUGUCAUUACUGGAAGGUCUGGAGUCUGCCCAGCAACUGAUGACGCAACCCCGCCCCCCCCAACCAGAGGGUGGAGCUCGGGACAGGUGGAAGUCUCUGAAGGUGGACAUGAGGAUGAUGGAGGAGGAGACGGAGACGCUGCUCAGGUCUCUGCAGGACCGGGUCCAGCAGGUCCAUGAGAGACGAAACACCCUGAUACAGCUGGUCCAGCAGAUACGCAGCAAGAAGGAACAUCAUGACCAUCUGCAGUCGUCUCUCCUGAAGUCCCAGAAUGCCCUGCGGUCAUGUGACCGCCAGCUGACCCAGCUAAAGGCGGAGUCAGAGGCAGUGUUCAGUCAGCUGAUUGGCUGGCAGCAGCUCAGAGACCAGCUGCAGCUGCUCGUCUCUGCUUCACAGGACGUCAUGGAGAUCAGCCUGAUCACCUUCGACCAAUCAGAGCUGUGUGUGGAGCUCAGGCCACGCCCCUCCUCCAGCCUGUCCACCAAUCAGCUGGAGCCGCUGAGGCUGAAGAUUAGCUGGAGUCACGACGACCGCUUCAGACUGCAGGUGGAGGAGGGGACAUCAGGUCUGGUGGAGGACUGCGUGGCAGGCAGGUGGGCGGAGCUUAGUGCUGCCCUGCAGGAGGUCCUGCAGAGCUACGCGGGUCAGGCUGAGAUGCUGUCUGAGAUCCAGGUCCUGAGGUCCAGCUUCGCCAUCGACUGGCGUCCGUCUCAGCGGCAUGCUGGUCUACCUGAAGACGGCGUCGCUGGUGUGUCACCUGCAGGUGGAGGGAGGGGUACCCGGGCGGCGGGCGGGCUCGCCUGCUGUCCGGUGCGGCGGGACGGACACCCGGUGGACACGUCAGGACUGAAGCCUCAGAAAGCCGACCUCAGUCUGACCGAGUGGUUGGUUUUUCUCUGCAGCAGUUCGCUCGUCUGAUGGACAGCCACCCUUCAUCCUCUUCCUCCUCCUCACCUGUCCAGCAGGUGUCAGCGUGUCGCCUCGCUUAAAACCUUCGAUCAGAACACGACUUUUCUCUUGUUCGUCUUUUCCUUCAGCUCUUUUCUCCUUUCUGUUCACCUGUUUUUGUCUGUGACUAAAAUGUAAAUAAAGGUUUCAUAGAGCAUCGGGCCUGUCAGGAA